AUGGAGGACUUCACCGGCAUGCUCACUCCUUCAGACUCUCCCUCUUCAUUCCCUUUCUAUCCAGUCACUCCUCCCCUAAGCUCCGUCCCCUCAGAGACAGACCUCACUCUCAAAGUCUCUACCGAUGUCACUCCGGACGAUACCCCUGUGGUAGCAGUCGUUGGAGUCGGCUACGUCGGAAGACAUCUCGUUAGCUCAUUCUCAUCAAAGUAUCAAGUCAUCGGCUUUGAUGUUUCUGAGCAACGCAUUCACGAUCUUCAACAGGAUUUCAAGGACAACGAGAACGUCACCUUCUCGCGAACUCAGAAUGACCUUAUCGCUGCUACGCACUUUCUCAUCUCAGUGCCUACACUGUUGCGACCUAACAAGACUAUCGAGUCUUCAUACCUUCGUGAUGCUCUCCAGAUGGUCGGUCAAGUUGCUAGUCGGGGUUCGACUGUUGUUAUUGAGAGCUCUGUUGCUGUUGGUAUGACUCGUGAGUUGGUCGGGCCCAUCGCCACGAAACUUGGUCUCUUUGCUGGCAUGUCGCCAGAGCGCGUCGACCCAGGCCGUACCGAACCCCCAGUCAAGUCGAUCCCCAAAAUCAUCUCAGGUCUUGACGAUAUCCUCCCCGGCUCUCUUGAUGCCAUCAACCGCAUAUACUCCACCAUUUUCGACAACGUCGUCACCGUCUCCAAGCCUGAGGUUGCCGAGAUGAUGAAGCUGUACGAGAACUGCCAGCGUAUGGUCUGUAUCGCGUACGCCAAUGAAAUGGCUGAUGCGUGUCUCCCUCACGGCAUCGACCCCUACGAGGUCUGUUCUGCAGCGUCUACCAAGCCAUUUGGCUAUAUGCCCUACGCCCCUGGUGUCGGUGUCGGCGGACACUGUAUUCCAGUCAACCCGCACUAUCUUCUUUCCAACAGUUCAUUUCCUUUGCUUGAAGCUUGUUCACAAGCCAUGAGUGACAGACCCGCCAAGCUUGCCCAGCGCCUCAUUGAGUCACUCCCUAUCACCGAGCGUCGCUCACGUGUACUGGUCGUUGGUCUUGGUUUCAAGACUGGUCAGUCUCAGCUCGACAACUCACCUGGUGUUUCUCUUGUUCGAGAGUUAGCUGUUUCGGGUGCUCGGAUUGACCUCACUUGGGCUGAUACCCUUGUAAAGCAAGAAGCUGUGCCUCAGGUUCCGCGUCUUGGGGAGCGUGAUUGGAACAAAAGCUUCUUGAAAACAUUUGAUGUCAUUGUUGUCGCUAUGAAACAGCACAACAUGGACUUUUCACUACUAGAAAAGCUGGAGGGCGUUCGCGUCGAGAGAUGGUGCGAGUGA